UCAGUCGUUAGGCGCUCCAACUCUGGCUGAAGAAGUUACAACACGCAGUGGGGAGGGCGACGUGCGAGAGACUAUCAUCUACAUUUCCAUCAUAUUCGAACCGGAUAAAUAAGAAGAUUGUUUGUCUGUACAAGCUUUGAAGAAAGUUGAGACAAAAAAAUUGAGCUUCUGGGCCUCGUAUAACGUCACGAUGCAAUAUGGACAAGUUGCCCUGGAACAGAUAAAAAAGUGACAGAUAGAAGCAAAAGAAAACUGAAGGAGUUUCACUGUGAGUAAGUAAUUAUCACAGGCAUACACAAAACAUCAUGACCACCUCGAUAAAGCAGGAGAGAACCAUUUGUGUUCUCCUCCCCAACAAAGACCAGCUGGACAUCACCAUCGGGCUGAAGUCCACAGGGCAAGAUGUUUUUAAUCGUGUGGCAGAGCUUCUUGGAAUCAAAGAGCUGCACUUCUUUGGCCUCACAGUGGUGAAGGACAAUGAGCACAUAUUUUUAGACAUGGAGGAGAAACUGACCAAGUACUUUCCUAAGGAGUGGAAGCAAGAUUCAGUAAAGGGACUACAGAAGAGACCGCUGCCUCUAGUGCUCUUCCUCAAAGUGCAGUACUACAUAGAAAAUGGCAGACUCCUUUGUGAACGAAAGGCACGGAAUCUCUACUACUCUGACGUGCGGGAACGGGUGCUUCACUCUGAAUGUCGUCAGCAGGAGGAGGUGUACUUCCAGCUGGCAGGUUACGCCAUGCAGGCUGACCUCGGUGACCAUCCCCCGCCCAGGGAAGAUAUGGAGAUCACUCCUUAUUUUGAACCCAAGCUGUACUUUCCCCCCUGGAUUAUAGCUAAACGUGGCGUAAACUAUCUCCUCUGCCAUGGGCCCAAGGUGCAUCAGGAGCUGUGGGGCAUGUCUACUCGUGAUGCCAUCCUGCUCUUUAUCAGGGAGUCAUGUCGGCUGGAGGAUGUACCCGUCACGUUUUACAGACUGCAAAAGGACAAAAAGGCAGAGAGAGGAACGGCGUUGCUCGGUCUGACCCUGCGAGGAAUGCAGGUUUAUCAGGAGGUGAACAACAUUCGACAGAUGCUGUACGACUUCCCCUGGACAAAUGUGGGACGUCUCACCUUCCUGGGGAAGAAAUUCGAGAUCCAGCCAGAUGGCUUGCCGUCAGCCAGAAAGCUAGUUUACUACACCGGCUCUUCAUUUCGCUCUCGCCACCUCCUGCUGCACCUGAGCAACAGCCAUCGCAUCUACAGGAGCCUCCAACCUGCCCUCAAACACCUACGCCAGCUGGAGGAGAGCGAAGAGAAAAAGCGCUACAGAGAGUCAUACAUCAGUGAUGACUUGGACUUGGACCCACCAGGCAGUGAGAGCAGCCCCGGCCUGUCCCGACACUCCACCAGCAGCUCUGGAAUUGAAGCUGACACACGCCAACACAGCAUUUCCACAGAGAUGGCCUCCAUGGAGGAAGAAGGUCAGCGGCGAGCAGAGAAGUGUUUUAGCUCAGCAGCCAGCCGUGGAAGCUCUUGCACCUCCGGGUUUGAUGCAGGCAGUAAAGCUCGAAUGGAAGAUGAAGGGUGGCAAGAGGAAGAGAUCAAGGCUGAUAUUGUAAAUCCAAAGGGGGGUAUUGUGGAUGAUACUGAUGAGAUGUUCCAGCUGGCUGAUCUUCUUGAAGGAGUGUCAGUGGAUUGUGCAGAACUCCCCUCUGAGACUAACUCAUCAGAAAGCAAAGUGUGCCCCGCAGACAGUGAUGAAAAUCUCAGAUUACGUAAUAAGGAUAUGUUAAAACAGGUUAUGAAAGCUAGGGCACAAGUUUGCGUGGAUCGACAUAGCCACAGUCUAGAUGACGUACGUCUGUUUCCACCUCCGGCACCCCUGGGGACGACGCUGCCACCUGAUUCCUCCCACAGUUAUACGUUUGGGCUCCCAGAUGCCUCAGCAAACACAAAGACCCCUGUUGAUCACAGUCUUUACCCCCCUUUGCACAGCCAAAACAAACCUUCCUUCUAUGGCCGCAGGUCUACCAACUGCCUCUCACUGGACAUGUUAGGUGACGAACAGUUCCUGGAAUUCAUACUUUGAGCCUGUCAGGUGCUGAUGUCCACAGAUACGCUUGUACUCUUCCUCUACUUACAGUGCAACUUAACUUGUCAGUUGCCUACACAUGAAUGUCUUGGUGUUUUCUGUGUGUUGAUGAUGAAAUUGAGGAAUGUGUGUGCGUAAAAUUGCAGAGACAUUAUUGAAAAUGACAGGACAGUUCAUUCCUCUUAGAAAAGCUGCAGAUUAGAUGACAGAGAUCUAAUUCUGCAACAUUUCAUCAGUACACAGAGCAUAUUUAUUAAUGUUGUAUAUUCUGUACAUACUACUUGCACUAUUUUUUUAUGACAUUUCAUUUACUCUAAGCAAAAACAUUUUGAAUCGUAUUUGUUUCUCUUUUGUAGCGUUCACGCUGUUAAACAUUCUCUGAAAAGUCUGAAUGUCGAUAACAUUUUACUGUAAGAGAUCUUUUUACAUUUUUAUGGUGUUCAUAAGAUGGGACUUCCUUUCCUUGCCAUUAGCCUAUUUGCUAAUGUAGCCACUAAGAUUUCCUUGUUUUAUUCAGGAAAAUCUUCAGAAGCCAUGGUGCUCAUGUCGGUAUAUCCUAGUCCUCUUUUUAAAUCAUAUUUUAUCAUAUACUCUAUUUUUGCAUAGUGUGUUCUGCCAUGCUUUUUCUAUUAGUCUGCCUCAGCAAUAUAGCUGCCGAGGUGCAAAAUCGAAUCUUUACAGCUGGUAAUGCAUUCAUCCAAAGCUACCCCGUCUAUACUCCUCCCACUGUCACAAGUACAACAGAAAAGUAUUAUUUGUAAAGCACUAUUUUUGUAACCAGUUUAUACUGAAUCUGCAGUAUUUUUGUAUUUUGUAACCCCCAAACAAAGAUUUUUUUCUUUUUUUUUCCUCAAACAUUAUCACUGUAUUAAUUGGUAUGCAAAAGAACCCAUGUUUUCAGCCAGUAUGAACUCCCUUGGAAAGAUCGUCAGUCAUUAAACACAGAAAACCUUUACUCAAUGCCUAUAAUGUAUAAACAAUUGUCAGUGAUAACUGACAAUAUGAACAUUUAUUUUUAUCUAAAGCAAUGUUUGUUUUUAUAAUAGUGAAAAUAAAUUCUUAAUGCCACUAAAUGAAA